AACGAUACCUUAAUUUAUUUGCAACUUUUUGUAUCCCAUUGGCACCAAACGACCCCUCAAAACCAUAAAUGAGACAUUCCCAUUUUCGUUCCCUCCCUCGGGAAUCCCCCUUCAUAAACUACAACUCUUGUACUUGUUGAACCUUCAAGUCCUCACUGCUCUCCCUAAGUUGGUGCUACUCCAUUCACUUCCUUUCUCCUUUUCUUCUCCCUUUGAAUUGCUAUUUUCAUCCGUUUCUGCAAUUUCUGGUUCGGAAGCAGAGCACACUCUUCGUGAUUUCUUUUCGUUUCGUUUCUCUUUUCUCAUUUGUCUACUCCCUAUUUUAUUCUUCACUCAAACAAUGAGUAUCUUAUUCCUCCAUUCAUCUUAAACUUAAACAGUCAAUUUUCUGAUAAUACCCAAAAUUAGUUUCUCGGUGGAUUACUUUCACAUUUUGCAUUCUUAUUGUGGAAUAUUCGUUGAGUAAAAAUGAAUGUAAAUUCAAUUGUUCUGUUGAAAUUGGUUUUGCUUAUUUGCUGGCCAUGUCUGGUUUACUCGGAAGGAGAACAGGGUCGCCUACUGGUCAACAUGACUCUGGUCCAUAACGCUUCUGCUUUAGGAGCAUAUUGCUUGGAUGGAAGUUUGCCGGCGUAUCACCUGCACCGUGGAUUUGGAGCUGGAGUAAACAACUGGAUUUUGCAAUUUGAGGGUGGUGGGUGGUGCAAUGAUAUCAAAUCAUGCUUGGAUAGAUCUAAAUCUCAUCGUGGAUCAACUCGUUACAUGAACAAAUGGGAAAUAUUCUCCGGCAUCCUCAGCAACAAUGCCUCUUUUAAUCCUGAUUUCUACAACUGGAAUCGGGUGAAGAUCAGAUAUUGCGAUGGAGCCUCAUUUUCUGGUGAUGCUGAGUUCUAUAAUGGGACAUCAUUGCUUUAUUUCAGAGGGCAAAGAAUUUGGCAAGCUAUUAUUCUUGAUCUUCUCCCAAAAGGUCUUGAGCACGCGAAGAAGGCUUUGCUUUCUGGCUGCUCUGCUGGGGGUCUGGCGACCUUUUUGCAUUGUGACAAUUUCACCAGUUACCUACCAAAGAAUGCUAGUGUGAAGUGCUUGAGUGAUGCUGGAUUUUUUCUAGACGAGAGAGAUAUAACUCUGAACCACACUAUUAGAUCUUUCUAUGAGGAUCUUAUUUCCCUACAGGGGAUAGAACCAAAUCUCAAUCAAAAUUGCACUUCUACUCUCUACUACCCACACCUGUGCUUCUUCCCACAGUACGCAUUACCAUACAUCGAAACGCCAUUCUUCAUCUUAAAUUCAGCGUAUGACGUGUACCAAUUCCAUCACAUAUUGGUGCCGCCUUCUGCCGAUCCUCGGCGGCAUUGGGAUCAUUGCAAGCUCAAUGUUACUGCAUGCAAUGCAAGUCAACUAAAUAUUUUGCAAGGGUUCAGGAAAGAUAUGCUUGCAGCAUUGAGAGAUUUCUAUCAAUAUUCAAGAAGAGAUGGGAUGUACAUAAACUCUUGCUUUACUCAUUGUCAGAGUGAGACGCAAGAUACCUGGUUUGCAGUUGACUCUCCUCGAAUACAUAACAAGACAAUUGCACAGACAGUGGGUGAUUGGUACUUCAGUAGAAACGUCAGCAAGGAGAUUGAUUGUGCAUAUCCCUGUGAUACUACUUGCCAUAACAUGAUCUGACACAGGUACAAUGGUGUUGGUCAUACAUGCUGAUUUUCUAAUUAAAGGGUAAUUAGAACCCAGAAACUCAGCUAUACAAAACCAUAGUCAAUACUGGUUACAUGGUGCAGAUUGAUUCAUUUAGAAGUGGGAUGCAGUGAAGGAAUAGAUGUUCAUUUCAUAACAUCUUAUAAAAUAUAUAUUGCAGAGUGAAAAACAGCAUUCUUUUAUUUAGAGAGGUUCACAGAGAGCAACUGUAUACGUCGUUGUCUAGGAUAUGGUAUAGAUCCAUAAGUCCUCCAACUUUCAAUUUGAUAUGAUACGCAGAAUGUCGUAUUGCUAAAUUGAAAAUUUCAUGUUCAAAUAUUACACCAGAAUAAUAUAAUCAUCCUUGUUCUGUUAA